CGGCUGACGACUAUUACCAGCUGCAGGUGUUAGAUGACACGUCGACUGGAAAGCGCUGUUGCACCUACAAGAAACGAUUUUGUUGCUUCAACAUUACUCUCUUCCCUGUUCGGCGCCGGUCGCCGUAUAUUUCUGAUCUGUGGUCUUUUUGUCCCAAAAUGAAACCCAAGUGGAAGAUGGAAGAUGGAAUAUAGGAAUCUUUGUCUAAAGACGAUGCCAAUGUGAUUGUGUUCGCAAACCACAACACAAGAUUUUGAGGUGGAAAUUCGUAGCAUCUUCUGCAGUAUAUAGAAAUGGGAAGAAAGCAAUCACUGCGCAGCAAAGCGGCUCACUUUGUGUCGGAUCUCACCACUGGUAUACUCAACCCCAUCUCUGACAAACCCUCUAAACCUGGUCCUCCUCCUCCUCCUCCUCCUCCUGAAGCCGUGGACACAUCAAAUGUAACUGAUUUGGAGUCAACUAAUCGGGAUAGCAACCAGAAUUUAUUUGAUGGCCCUGACACUUCAUCCUUCUCUGCAUUCCUCUAUUCCUUCUUGUCUUCUUCAUAUUCUGGAGAUAAUGCAAACUCAGAUGGGCAAAAUGACCAUAAGAGUGGAACUGAUAUGCCUCCACCUGACUCAGCCAUGAAGGAAAAUAGUAGUGGAAAGAAAAGUUUGUUAUCUAGGGGUAAGCAAUCACUUGGAAGAGUUAUCAACCAAGCUGCAAGAAUCACUAGAUUCCGCUCUCAAGAGCGCAAGGUUGAUGUUGAAACGAAAUUAGAUGAUGGACAUGGUUCCCAAUUAGCUGGUGUUGAGAUGAGCCAUACUGAACCUAAGGAAGAGCAAAUAUCAUUGGAUGGUCUCUCAGAAACUUCUGAACCUUCAGUGCUCCUUUCAGAGAAAAUACGAAAUGUUCUUUAUGCUUCUCUUCCAGCUCUUAUUCAUGGGAGGAAAUGGAUGCUUCUAUAUAGUACAUGGAGGCAUGGAAUAUCACUUUCAACUCUGUACAGGAGAAGCAUGCUUUGGCCUGGCUUGAGUUUGCUGGUUGUUGGAGAUCGCAAAGGUGCAGUUUUUGGUGGCUUGGUUGAAGCACCACUAAAGCCAUCAAGCAAGAGAAAAUAUCAGGGAACAAAUAAUACAUUUGUUUUCACAGACGCCACUGGCCAUCCUACUGUAUAUCGUCCAACAGGGGUAAACCGCUAUUUCACACUCUGCACCACUGACUUUCUAGCAGUUGGUGGGGGAGGUCAUUUUGCGCUUUAUUUGGACGGUGAUCUAUUGAACGGGUCUAGUUCAGUCUCAGAAACUUAUGGAAAUCCUUGCCUUGCACAUUCUCAGGACUUUGAAGUUAAGGAAGUAGAGUUAUGGGGUUUUGUAUAUGCUUCUAAGUAUGAAGAAGUAUUAGCAUUGAGCAGAACAGAGGCACCCGGAAUCUGUCGAUGGUAAUUCUUGAUUUUAUUUUUUAUUUGGUGUGAGAUUAAUGCAUUGCACUUGCAGCUGGGGUUCUCGUUGAAGGUCAGAAAGUGUCAGAAUGGUAACAAUCUUAAAUCUAUAGUUUAAGGGAUGCUAAGUUGGCGGACGAUAUGACCAAUUUUUUUGCAUCCAGCUACCUCAUCCCACUAUAAGACGUGUAAAAAUGUAAAUAUUUACCCUCUCUGUAAAUAUUAAUUCCAAUAUUAUCAUCAUUAUUGUUCAAUGUUUAGCAUAAAGGUUAAAUUACAGAAUUUGUUCUGUUAUAUGUAAA